AUGAACGAAUCAGCGGAUUCGGAGAAUCCUCAUCUCCGGAAAAGGAAGGGAAGGAUACAUCAGGUGAGUGUUACCUUUUCGAACAACAAAGGUCAAUUAGCUAGCUUAAAUUAAGGUAAAAUAUCUAGUAAAACUUAUAAAAAUAGUACACCCAUAAAUAUAAUAAUAAAUUUCAAAGAUACUUCUCAAAAUUCAAAGAAAUUAAACAAAAAACUGUCGGCGAAACGAAAAUUUUCUUAGAAUAUUUGACAUUUCGUUGCAAAAGCCGAUACAUUCUGUAGCAUUUCGUCUUAAAUAAAAGAACAAAAAAUAAAUAUUUUGGAACUGUAAAAAACAAAAUUCCAAAAUAUUUUUAUGUUUACUGUGCAGGGAGAUUAAGUGAAUGUUAAUCAUGUUAUUGUACGGACCCUUAGUCAAAUAGAUAAUAUAAUGGGAUGGCUCUCUCAACAGGAAAACAAAGAUCUGCUUCUGGAGGAAGAAAAAGUUAAUAUUCUUAAUUUUUACAAAUUUAAAUUUACUUAUUUUUACUCUUAUUUUAUAUUUUCAGGCCAUAUGUGACAAAGUAGUUGGCAAGAGUGAUUCGGCCAAGUUCUCAGAAGUAUGGAAACAGAACUUUAUGCACCAUCCUUCAUGGUGCGAUGCCGACAUGUGCCUUCAGCAGAUCGAAGCUGUACGUUUUUUACACAUUUUUUUAGUUGUUGCAUUUUAAUUUAAAAAUUUAAUUUAAUAACGUUUAUAUUAAGCAUCAACAAUGUGUAAAUAGAACUAAUUUAUACCUAAUUUAUAUAUUAUGUUUAUAGGGAAAUGCUACGGGUAACACGAUCGCCUUGUACUCGCGCUCUUUCUUUCAACAAUGCUUGUACUACAUGGGUGCUUUUGUACAGAAGAAUCCCAAAAAGAUUGUUUUUGCGGGGCUUGUUGUGUUUGCCUUCCUUAUGUUCGGGUUGCGAUAUGUUGUGAUAGAAACGGAUAUCGUCAAAUUAUGGGUAUCACGUAAGUUAUGUCAAAAAGCGUUUAUCUUGUGUUUUAGAAGGAGGACGAUUGGACGAGGAACUGAAUUACCUCGGUAAAAUCAGGUCUGAAUACCACAAGGUUCACAAAAGGGCAGCGGAUUUGGGAAGUCCUAUAAAGCCGAAUGUCACGAUGAAGAAGAAGCCGGAUAUCAAGAUAGAAGCUCCAGAAAUACCUUCAGGCAACGGUCUUGGCGGAGGCUUUCAAGUUUUGAUUCAGACGCCCAAGAUUAAAGGAAGGAAUCUGUUGAACAAAGAAGGUCUGUUAAGCCAUGUACAAAUCAUGCAGGAGGUGUCUCAGUACAAGGUCAACAUGUACGGAGAGUAAGUGACCUAAUCUCUAUUGUUAAACUAAGAAUUUUGCUUGUUGUUUUACUUUGAAAACAACCUUUUCAAUUGAAUUUUAUUAAUUAUAUUCUUUAAGGUCUUGGUCGUUAUCUGACAUUUGCUUUAAACCCCCAGCUCCAAAACUCCCAGCUGGUACUUUGAAUGGUGCAAUUGAGACACUUCUGGAGAAGAUUAUACCUUGUAUUUGGAUCACUCCGAUCGAUUGUUAUUGGGAAGGAGCCAAGCCUUUGGGACCAGACCCUCCUUUGGUGCUGGGCGAAGAAAUAACAACCUUCAUCAACUCUCUCCCCAAGGGCAACAUUACGUGGAAGAACCUGGACCCAGGGAAGGUGGUCAAAGAGGUCUCUCAACUUUUGGAACUUGGUCUGGUCGAAAACUUCUUCGAAAGAGCUGGAAUUGGCUCCGCCUAUUUAGACAGACCUUGCAUCGACCCCUUGGACCCAGAAUGCCCUACAGAAGCCCCUAAUCACUUUGAUAAGUGUAAGGCCUUCGAAAAGUUCACCACGUGGAACAAUGCUCUGCCUGGCAGUGACAAAAUCAAGUUAGAAGAAGCUGUCGCUUACAAUAAUACUGGAGGCAAAAAUGAAAACGAAAUCGAUUUGGUAGGACAACUUUUUGGAGGUCGUAAGAAGAGAGCCACUACAAAUGCAACGACUUCUGACGAUUACUAUGAUUCCGAAAGUGACUAUGCUACUGAAAAUUCUAAAAGUAAGCCUUGCUAGGUCUAUAAUUACAGUUUUACAACAUAAUUUUACCUUUUGGUGUGUAAUAUAUGACAAAUCUUUUAUACUGACAUUUCAGAUGAAAAGAAAGAAGACCCAAAGGCAGCUUUGUGUCAGAAGUACGGUAACAGUUUCCUGAGAUGGAUGGACAAAAACCAAAAUCGAUGGAAGAUGUUCCUGGAGGCAGAAGACUUCCCCAAGUACCCAGACUACGGCCAGGUUAUGACCGGAGGCUGUCUCGGCUUCGGAAAGAACAUCAUGAAGUGGCCUGAGGAUCUGAUCAUUGGAGGAGUCAGACACAACGAGCAGAAGGUGACUGAAGCUGCUGCCUUCCAGUCCGUCUUCCUGGUAGCCGGUGCUGGAGAUGUGUACAACAGAUUCAGAGCGGCCAAAGGGAACCUGAAGCCGAACUUGGACAGAAGCUCGUUUACCAUCGCUCAAGCCAACGAUAUUGUCCAGACAUGGCAAAGGAACUUCACCAAGAGAAUCUAUGACCACAAACUCAACUUGGAGGUUCGUUUCUUACAUUUUCUUGGGUUUUAUGUUGUUAUAGUCAUCAAUGUUAUGUAUUUUAGUUGUUAAAAGUAUAAUCUUCUUUAAUCAGUACUAUUUUAUAUAUCUUCAGGAUAGUAUCAGAACUUUGCAUCCAUUGGCCUCAACUUCUGUAGCUGACAUGUUGGAGGAGUUCAGUCAGUUCAAGUUCUUUGUCAUCUUCAUCGGUUAUGUUUUGAUGGUAAGUUUUGUAUAAUAUACAAGUUAAUGUUGUUUUUAUACCUAUUCUUAAAACAGUCUUAAAAUUUAAACCACCAUUUUGAAAACCUUUUUUUAGAUUAUUUAUGCUGGAUACUCUCAAUGUAGAUUUGAUGGAUUCUGGUUCUCUGUAGACUCUUCCUGUCAGCUAGCCGUCGUGGGAGUUCUUCUGAUUACCUACUCUUCAAUUGGUGGUCUCGGUUUCUCCACUCUUCUCGGCAUCAACUUCAACGCUGCUACAACACAGAUCGUGCCGUUCCUGACACUAGGUCUUGGAAUCGACGACAUGUUCUUGCUCCUUCACAACUACAACGGUGUGCUACAAAGUGUGAAGACAAAAGAAGUCGCCAUUUUGAUGAAAGAGACUGGAAUGUCCAUACUCAUCACUUCUACCAACAACAUUUUGGCUUUCACGACCGGUAUCAUCUUACCGAUCCCUGCCUUGAGGUCCUUCUGCUUGCAGACUGCUAUUCUGUUGUCCUUCAACUUGUUCACCAUCAUGAUCAUGUACCCAGCUCUCAUCUCUCUGGACAUCAAGAGGAGAAAGAAGGGUAUUAGGGAUAUGACAUUCUGUUGUGGCCAAAAGCAAAAGAAACAGCUGAGGCCAGAAGAGAGCAGCAACCAGCUCGUCCGACCGGUAAAUGCCGAGAAGAAGGCUGCCGAGUUCACUGUACCUCCAGAAAGCAAGGUCCCAGACCACAAGUGGUACACUCUGGAAGGAUUCAUGAUGGGCUACUACAUCCCAUUGCUUAGAAGACCCAUGGCCAAGGUGUUCAUCUUGUUGAUGUGCUUGGCCAUGUUCGUCUUUGGAUGCGUGGGGUUGUACAGAUCCAGAAUCGGUCUAGAGUUGGCUGAUGUUUUGCCAGAGAAUACUGCUCCAUCUGCCUUCUUGAAGGCCCGUGAGGAAUACUUCAGUUUCUACCCGAUGUUCGCCGUUCUGAGGGGAGAAGUCGACUACGCCAAUCAGCAGGCCAAGAUUGAACAGCUUCGUCUGGACAUAGGUUUGUUUCACAGACGUUACUAACUGCUAUAUACUAUUAUUUGUUGUUUUGUUACCGAAUUAUGAACAUUUUAAUAUUUUAGCUAAGUCUGACUUCAUCAUCAAAGUGGACGGACAUCCAAGUGAACCCUACUGGAUGAUGAUGAUGCGCGUCUGGCUUCAUUCGAUCCAGAAGGAGCUGGAUAAGGGAAUCAAGGAAAAGUUUAUUGAUCCAGUUACUGGAAACUUCACCUGGAACGAUCGUCGAGUCACCGAUGAUAUGAGGUUGGCCAGGAGACUACUAUGUUCGUAUGGCAACAAGUUCAACUGUACUGGAAGGGUAAGUUACUGUCACAAAGGUAUAGUAUGGUUCAUACAACAUAAGGUAUUAAACCAAUGUCUAUUCUUUUUCAGAUUGGAGUCGUGAAACUCAUCGAGUCAGAUGAUACCAUCAACCCAGAAGGCUUCUACAACUACCUCACGGGAUGGUUCAACAUCGACAACAUGAUGUACUACGUGUCUCAAGCCGCCUUCUUCCCCAGCCCACCAAGAUGGGGCUUUAGUCCCAAGGAAGACGGUAUUGUACCACCAGCACCACGCCUUCUCUACUCCCAGAUCCCCUUCUACGGAACCCACCUGACUGACACUCCAGUUAUCGUGGAGAUGAUCCGAGAGAUCAGAGCUAUCUGUGAGAAGUACACGGCCGAGGGCCUGCCAGUAUUCCCCUCAGGCAUUGCCUUUACCUUUUGGGAACAAUACCUCCACUUGAGCUUUUUCUUGUUCUUGGCCAUCGUCGUCAUUGCUACUGCCGUCCUCUUCGUCAUCUCUCUGAUCGUGUUCAACCCAUGGGCUGCGGCCAUGGUUGCCAUUGUCGUCGUAUCGAUGACAGUGGAAUUGGCCGGCUUCAUGGGAUUGGUGGGUGUUAAAUUGAAUCCCAUCUCUGCUGUAACCCUUGUCACUGCCGUAGGUAUCGGAGUCGAAUUCACAGCUCACGUUGUACUGGCUUUCUUGACCUCAUUGGGUACCAGAGACGAACGUAUGGUAUCUUGUAUGGAGCACAUGUUCAUUCCUGUUAUUCAUGGAGGUUUGUCGACUCUUCUGGGUAUCGUCAUGUUGGCCUUCUCGGAAUUCGAAUUUGUGGUUGUCUACUUCUUCGUUGUCAUGUCCGCUCUCAUUGUCAUCGGUAUGAUCAACGGACUGGCUAUGUUGCCAGUUUUACUAUCUCUAAUUGGUCCUCCAUGUGAAGUUGUACCACGUGGUGGCGGAAAAGUUCUUGCCGUUCCACCACCCUUGAACAAGAAGAGGAAAGACAAGAUGCCAUUGGCAGAAAGUAAGUUUUUUAAAUUUAAAACCUAGUUUUGACUUAUUUCCAUAUUGUUUUGCAAAUUCUACGAAUUGUUGACACUAUCUUAACCCCAUUAUAGAGAAAGACGAAUCCUCGACUUCCUCGUCUGCCUCAUCUUCAGCCGAAACCAACUCCAAUUACCACGAACACUUAGCGACCAUCGAUGAAGAAUGUCAGACAGAAAGCAAUCCUCCAUCCUCAGUCAACAAGAAAGACAGUCAAAAAGACGAAACAGCUGACUCGAACUCGGUUCAACAACGUUUCUAA